AAGAGAGAGAGAGAAGAGAGGGAGAGGGAGAAAGAAAGAAAGAGAGAGAUGGAAGAAGGAGAUAAAGGCACAGUUUGUGUAACUGGUGCAAAUGGAUAUGUAGCAUCCUGGCUGGUGAUGAGGCUUCUCCAGUACGGUUACUCAGUCCACGCCACGACUAGAUCAGACCCAGAAGGCAAAAAAGACAUCAGCUAUAUCACAAAGUCAGCAGGAGCAUCAGAGAAGCUGAAAAUUUUCAAUGCAGAUCUCAGCGAUCCAGAAAGUUUCGACGCAGCCAUUGAAGGUUGCGUGGGAGUGUUUCACAUAGCUCACCCUAUGGAUGAUGACAAAGAGGGAGAAGAAAUAGUGACAAAACGUGCCGUUGAAGGAUUGUUAGGCAUUUUAAAGGCAUGUUUGAAUUCCAAGACAGUGAAACGAGUUGUUUACACUUCUAGUGUCGCCACAAUAGUUUAUAAUGACAAGGGCGGCGGCGAUACAUUGGAUGAGAAUAUGUGGAGCGAUAUUGAAUUUUGUAGAAACAUUGAUAACUUAAGCAUGUCUUACUUGGUUUCCAAGAUUACAACAGAAAAGACAGCCUUGGAAUAUGCAGAAAAACAUGGCUUAAAUCUUGUAUCUUUGGUUCUUCCCUUGGUUGUUGGACCCUUCAUUUGCCCUAAUAUGCCCUCAUCUGUUUACAUUUUUCUCACUCUGAUAUUGGGAAAACAUGAUGAAUAUAAAUAUCUUUUUUAUUCAUAUAAUAUGGUGCACAUCGAUGAUGUGGCGUCUGCACAAAUCUUCCUUCUUGAGCAUCCUAAUUCGAAGGGAAGGUAUAUUUGUUCAUCAGUCAAAUUGACAAUUGAUGAAAUGUUCGAGUAUUUCUCAACCAAAUACCCAGAAUUUGAACUACCAUCCGCAGAACGUUUGAAGGAGAUUAAAGCUUAUAAAAAACUUGAAAUUUCAUCAAAGAAGCUGUUAGAUUGUGGGUUUAAGUUUAAAUACGGGCCUAACGAAAUGUUUGAUGGAGCAGUUCAGUGCUGCAAAGAGAAAGGUUUACUGUAGGAUGUAUUUCAUACAUUUUCUUCGUAAAAAUUGUACAUGUACAAUAUUUCUUUUGACCAUGACAUAAUUUAGUGUUGUGGAUAAAUAAAUU